AUGUCGAUUGGGAAUCGCGCUGAUCCGGACGAGGCGGCGCUGGACGAGGGCGACUGGGCCGGUCGGGGCGAUGACGCCGCUGUACUGACGUCAUCAGAUGCACAUAACGCUGUAGCUCCCUCUGCGUCCUCCAGUGGUCAAGUAGAUUCAUCAAGAGAACAGGAGGAGAACGCUCGUGCAGCUGAUCUGGCAGUGCUCGGUGACGCGUGCCCGAUCUGUCUGCAGACACUGGAGGACCCCGUGAUGCUAGUAUCCUGCUAUCAUGUGUAUUGCUUCGAGUGUCUAAGCACAUGGGUACACAGUCUAGCGCUUCACGGCGUGGAUCUGCCCACGUGUCCGUUAUGCAAAAAUCCGUUCCAAGACGUGUAUGCCAAUGUGCGGAGCGAGACGGACUUCGAGCUAUUCCGCUUCCAGGGGCGACGGAUACGGGACCACGAGGGCAGAAAUAGACAGAGCGAGCGCAACGAUAGCAAUCGACAGAGACUCAGACGACGCUCGCUUGUGUAUCGACGCCGCAUGCGCCUCGUUCGGGUGGCUGGCAAACAGAUCGAAGACUCGCACGCAUACCCAAAGAUGCACAAGGUCAAAGGAGAGUACGAAGUCUGGCUUGAGAGAGAAUUGAGGGCUUGUAUUGGACGGGAUAUCGAUCUGACGGUACUGCUGGCAAUCAUCCAGUGCUGUCUUAACAAGAUCACGCAGUGUGGGUCCAAGAAAUGCUACGACGAGCUGCAGCAAGCGCUCACGCCAUUUUUGUAUGAAGACGCCGAGCAUUUCGUGAGAGAAGUCGCUUAUUUUCUAGGCUCUCGACUGAAUUCGGAAGCAUAUGACGCUGCUGUUGAGUAUCAAUGUGAAAAUGCGGCCGAGUGUACAAACGCGCUGUGCUGUGGCCGAUAA